AUGACACGUUGCAUCAAGCAACAAAUGUACAAUAUUAAUUCUUGUGAUGAAGAAUAGAAGAAUUAAAGAAAUGUUACUCUUUUGCUUAUUCUUUUUUUAUUUCAUUGGUACAUUAUUCAUUGGUUAAUUCUAUUUUACUGUAUUUUUACAAUAUUUUUCUUGAAAUGACUUUAUCACAGUACUUAUUUAGAGACCGAUGAUGGUAUAGGUGAGUCAAAACUGGUAACAACCGGUAAAAACUUCAAUCUUUUUCCGGAUAUACUAUGUGUCGGAUUACUUCGCAUUAUCGAAAUCGAAUCGAAAUGAGUUUCCGUGUCUAUGAGGGAUAGCGAAAACGUAUUCAACGAGAUAUCUGGCAAGUAAAAUUUGUCAUGGAAGAUAUUUUGGAUCGCUGAAGCCAAACAUCAAUGUUAUUUUUUACGAAAAUGAACAACUUUCGAGAUACUCGUGAGAAAUUGUCGAUUAGAAUGAAUUCUGUUAUAUACUUAUAAUUAUGCGUCUGUGACAAAGAGUACAUUAGUAUGUGUUAGUGGUUGCCUUGAACUUCACACGGAAAUAUUUGUUUGCGAUCAUUUGUCAUUGUACUUAUGAAUAAAAAAUGAUUUGCAAAUUUCUUUUCCUGGGCUAUUUUUAAAAUAAACAUGAAAAUAAUAAAUUAUUAGAAAAUCUUAUCUUGAUUUCAAACGAAAUUUGCCGAAUCCUGCGUGAAUCCUGAAGUCAGUCGACAAAAUCAAACAAUUUCUAUCUACGACUAGUAAUUUGAAUAAAAUAUACAGCGUGUAUAAAUGGUAUACUAAUAUACUAACAGUACGUUAAAAUACAUCGCUAAUUUAUUUAGAAAUAUAAUUUAGCGUAGUCAGAAUCGCGUCGAUGACGAAAUUGAAAUAUUCGCCGGUUGUACUAACAACGACACUAUUGUCCUGUUUGCUUAUAAUUUGCAUGCGGAACAUCGGAGUCGAGCACCAAUCAGAUUUAAAAUUUCAUAUUAUUUCAUUUGUACAAUCACACGGACAAUCGAGUGUUUACAUUGCGAUUGGCUGUACGUUCGUUACCGAUCCUUGGUAGGUUCCCUUCUCUCUUCGAGGACUUUCCUGAAGUUGUUUAAUCGCGGCUUUAUAUUCGAUCAGUCAGCUCUGCAUGCAUUCUGCGUUUAACUUUCGAGGAGGAUCAACUGGUAAAACGAGCGGAUUGUGACCAUGUACGGAUGUGAGUAAAUUUACGUAUGCGUUUGACAUAAUGCAGGUUAUCGCACGUUUGGGUUCAGAUCUUGUUAAGUACAUACAAUUUCCCUUCGGUACUUUCAGUUUUUACACGAUUGAUCGAUCCACGUUGAAAUCUUUUUCUCGGGAUGAUUAUUUACGUAUAUUCAAUCUCCGUCAUUUUCAUACGAAUUUUAAUGAUGUUAUGGCAAGAUGAGAUAAAUCAGAAACACCUCGAAACGGUUCAUUAUUAUUUUUGAUAUUUCUAAUAUUACAUAAAUAUCUAAUUGAUAUUUUGAAUAAAUUAUUAUUUUUAUAUAACGUUCCAAGAAAUGAGCAUUCUUUGAGUUUUAAAUUUUUACAAUUCAUUUUAUUAGCAUUUUUCCAUAUCAUAUUAUAGUAUAACAAUGAAAUUAAUUUCGUUAUACCCGGUUUUAUUUUCAUAAUUCAUAAAUAUUAAAAAGGAUUUUACGAAUGUAUCUUAUUUAACGAUCAUUCUUUUAUAUUAUUAAUAACUGUAUUACUUAAUAAUAAUAUUUUUUCAUACAAUUAAAUAUAAAAAACUAAUCAGGUUUAUAUGUUAGAAAUAUUCAAUCAAGAAUUUUGAAAAUAAUAUUAAAUCGACAAAUGAAAUUAAAAGAUUAAUACGAUAAUACGAUAAUAAAUGUUCGUUUUACGCAUGCCAAUUAUAAUAAAUUUUUCCACUUAUAAUAAAAAAAUUAGAAAUAAUAAAUCUUAAUAUCUUUUUAUGAAAUUGCAUCGUAAGAUGUGAUAAAAAUAACAAGACAAAUUAGAUUUCAUUAGUUUCGAGCCUGCACCUCCUUCUUACUUCGUUAUGUAAUAAUUAAAACAAUAAAAAAAACUGUGUAAUGUACAGAGUGUCCGGUUUUAAUUUAUAAAUGCAAAUUAUACAAUAUAUAGUUAUAUAGUAUAUAGUAUAAGAAAUGAAUAGUUUCAUGAUUGUCACAAUAGGUUUUUUUGUAGAUGAAUGCACAGAAGUUCUAUGAAGAUUACUAUUACUUUUUUGGAUAGAACAAUAUAGUUUUUAACUAAACGAUAUAUAGAUCAUUGUUUUUUUAUAAAAUUGUGUUAAUUAUUUAUAGCUAAAAAAAUCAUUAAUUUUAUUUUACAAGAGACAUUUUAAGCUUAAUUUUGUAAAAUGUGUUUUAUGAAAUACUAGAAAAGACAAAUAUUUUUCAUAUUGUUCUUAUCUUUCCUUCUUGUAUGUAGAUUUUAUAAAAUCGAAGUUAAAAUAUAUUUCAAAGUGAUAAUUUUUCGAGAUAUGGAUUAUAUUUAUAUAUGGGUUAGUUUUUAUAGACAAUGUCAGCUUCAUACGACCUCCACGCGUUUGUUUACAGUAAAAGCUAGUUAUAUUAAAUUAUAACUGUGUUAAAAUUACUUAUCUCUUAUCUGAAGCAUACAUUGUGUAACAGAUAUUUUAGAAAAUAAUUUGCAUUUAUAGAUUAAAACUGGAUGUGUGCUACAUGAUAAUAUAUGUACAAAGUCCUCUUAGCAAUAAUUAAUUUAAGUAUUUUAACGUUAAUUUUAACGUUAUGUCUAUUGUUUGAAAAUUUCCCCAAAUCAUAAAAUCCUCAUGACUAUCAAUAACAAACUAUAAAAGUUUGUUAUUGUACGGUAUGUCAUCAUAAAACAAUAAAAUAUUAAACAUUGAAAAAAUACAUCAAAAACUAAAUAUUUUAAAUCAAUUUUUUUUUUUACGUAAAUGUGAAAUGUAUAGUAAAAUAAUUGUUAACAAGUAUAUAAAAUAGUUACGAAUUAAUAUGUAAAUAUAUUGGAACAUAUAAUUUUUAAAUGAAAAUAUUUACGACAGAAGUUAAAAAAUGCUUAUAACUUUUCACAGGAUGAUUGUAAUUGUCAAAAGUAGAAAAACGCACAUUAUUACAAUACAUGUUAUGAAACAAGCAGCUUGUCAAUCGAUGCAUAGAAUAUACUGUUGAGAGCUAUAGAAUAUAUACGAAAAUAACGUUAAUGGUCAUACAGUAAAUAUGAUUUUAACUAUUGUCAAGACAAUCAUUGUCUGUUUUUCUGGCUUUUCCCAACAUACUUAUAUCCAUCAACGUACUGAAAAUAACAAAACUAUUACUCUUACAAAAUGUGUUUAAGCUUUACUGGGUUUUCCCCAAUGAGAUUCAGGGGAAACAUUGACUUUAUCUUUGUUCUUCUAUAUACAUAUACAUAUAUACAUUUGUAUUUAUUCAUGCUAAAAGUUUUUGUUUCAUUUAAAGAUUAUUAAACUUUUUUUUAAACUCGAAACUGCGACAAUCGUGUUAUCAAAGCUUUCGCAAUUAAAUUUAGAAAUUCUUGUAUUUCGAUUUUGUAUUCGAUUUAUGGAAAUGUAGAAAUAUAAAAUAAUAUUAUAUAAUAUUUAAUAAUAUUUGAAUAAUAAUAUUUAUAUUCAAUAAUAAUGGAAAUUUCUUUCUUAUUAAUAGUAUUUUUAGUAUUUUUUUUUCUCUUGUAUUUAAUUUGCAUUUUUAUGGUUAUGGUUUUAGGUUUAGGUUACACAUAAAUUUAAUAGCUCAAAAUUAUUUAAAUUGUUAAUAGAUAAAUAUUUUUACUAAAUUAUUUGCACAGUUAUGUUUUUAUAAAAUUUAUUAUAUUAGAAUAUUUAUAAAGGAUUAAUAUAAAGGAUUAAAAAGUAUUUUUGUUAUUUAUUUUUCUAUUUAGAUAGACAAAUUAUGCUAAACAUUUAAUGAUAAUAACAAUUAUAUAACAAAUGCAAAUAACAAGUUGUUAUUGCUAGGAUUGUGUUUUAUUAUUUGUUAUUACUGAAGUUUUUCACAAGAUAAGAAUUUAUAUAUUCAACUUUAUCAAUUGUAGAAAUUACAAAAUUGUGCAUUUAUUUUUUAUUUUAUAGUUUGAAGUUAGUAUCCUUUUAUAAAAGUAUUUAUGAAAUAUUAAUUAUGUAAAUCGUAGAAAAUAUAUGCAUUAUUAUUAUUAUUGUUAAAUAUAUUAUCAAAUUUUUAUUUAUUAUUAUUGCAUUACUAUUAUUAUUGUUAAAUAUAUAAUCAAUUUUUUAUUUAUAAUUUAAUAUAGAUUAUCGAUCCAAAAUUUUGAAGUAUUGGUAUUUAAAGUUAUAUAAAUAUUUAUAGAGAAAACAUUAAAUAAUAAUGAUAUAAUAAGCUAAGUAUGUUAGUACUGUUAUAAUUAGAUAAUAAUUUAAUAUUUUAAUCUUGUUGAAAAUAUAAAAUAAAUUUCAUAUUGCUUAUACAUUUGGAAGCAUUUCAAUAUUUUAUUCCUCAUGACAGAGAGAAGCUAAGCAUAGUUUUCAAAUUUUAUAAUUUGUUUCUACUUUGCCAAACUAUUGGUUUUUAUUAAUCAUAUCACGUAGUGGUUGACCUCCGUUGGUUCGAUGAAUAGUAAAAUAAACCUUGAAUUUUAUAUAUGCUUAAACCUUGAAAUUACGGGGAUUUAUAUAAUAAACAUCUAUAUAAUAUUCGUGUAACUUAUUACAUGUAACUUAUAUUGUUUUUAUGUUAAUUAUAUGAUAGUUAUAUACUUUAGUGAUAUUUUUGAAUUUUACCUAUUUUGAUAUAUGUAGUUCUCUGCUUAAAUGAAUCAUUACAUCAAUUGAAAAAAUAAUACAAUCUUAUUUAAAGACGAGAAGUAUAAAAAAUUUCUUUUAAUCGCAUUCUUCUUCUAAGCGCUCGGUGAAUCCGAAUGAUCCACUGUGAAUAUUUCGUUUUAUAUAAAACAUAUUGUUCCGCAAAUAUUUGCAAUUCAUUUUUCAAAAUAAAUAUAUCACAAGAAGUGUUUUAACAAAUGCUUAAUGAUAAUUUAUUAAUAAAUUUUUUUUAGUAACAAAAAGUUUCUGGUUGGUGGCUCUUGCCUUAGUCACAAUGUCAAUAGCAGAGACGGAUGUUGAACCACUCCAUGCUGUUGUAGAGGGUACAAAUCAAUUUAGUUCUUUGUUUUUCCAGUAUGUUGUAGGAGACAAUUCUGGCAAUCUUAUAACAUCCCCUCUAAGCGCUGAUGUUGUACUUGCUAUGGUUGCUUUUGGAGCUGGUGGAAACACAGAAGCUCAGUUUAGAAAAGUACUUUCUUUACCAACACCAAGUAAUCUUGCUGCAACUGGUUAUCAGGCACUUAUUGACAAUCUCAAUAGCGUUAAAGACAAUAUUCUAACAAUUGCAAAUAAGAUCUUUAUAGCUAAAAGUAUUGAUAUAAAACCAAGUUUUAAAAAUUUGACAGAAGUUUACUUCCAUUCUGCUUCUGAAUCAAUAAACUUUGUUGAAAAUGUGAAAGCUUCAGAAAUUAUUAAUACAUGGGUUGAAAAAAAUACAAAUAAUCUCAUUAAAAACCUUGUUGUUCCUGAUAUGCUAAAUGCUGACACAAGAUUAGUACUUAUUAACGCAGUAUAUUUUAAAGGUCAAUGGCUACAUAAGUUCGAUGCUGAGCUUACUAUGGACAUGCCAUUCCAUGUUAAUAAGAAUAUAGUAAAAAAUGUCCCUACAAUGUAUAGAGAAGGCUACUAUAAAUAUGGUAAACUUCCAGAAUUAAAUGCUAAAUUUAUUGUAUUACCAUAUAAGGGUAAUGAAUUGAGUAUGGUUAUAAUUCUUCCAAAUGAAAUUGAGGGUCUACUUGAUGUUCAAAAAAAAUUACAAAGUGUAAGCUUAACUAAUAUUCUAAAUCAAGGAAUUGAAGAAGAAAUACGAUUACAUUUACCAAAAUUCAAAGUGGAAAGUAAAAUAAUACUUAACGAUAACUUAAUAAAGAUGGGUUUGACUGAUGCGUUUACUCCUAGUGCUAACUUUUCUGGGAUUUCUAAUGAAAAUUUAGCUAUUAGUACUGUUAUACAAAAAGCGUUCAUCGAAGUGAAUGAAGAAGGAACUGAGGCUGCUGCUGCUACUGGUAAGUGAAUAAAAAUUUUAUUUUGGACGGUUUAUAUUGAAAUUAAGAGAAAUAUUAUUUUAAAUAUGCAGUUAGUAAAAUAUGGAGCUAAAUAUCAAAAAUUUAUUUAUUUCACUAAUAAUAUUUAUUAUCAAAACGCAUUAGAUAAUUUAAAAUUAUAAACAUUAUAUAUAGAUACAAGUAGAAAGAUUUAAGAGAUUAAAGUUAUUAUUCCAAUAAAAUUAGCACAGUGUUAUAAUACUAAUAUAUUAUUAUAUAUUAUUAUAUAUUGUAACAUUAUCGAUAUUAAAUAUUAAUAUUUUGUUUCGUUUUAAUAUUUACUUAAUUUUAUCUUCUGAGCUUUUAUACAGUUUGAAGAAAAUGUUUAUUAAUUGUUUUAAUAUUGCAGUUAAAUUGAAAACUUGUAUAUAUAUAAUUUUCAUUUUCUUCAAGCCAUGUAAAUAUAUAUGUGUACUUAUUUAAUCUGUAUCUGUUAUAUCAAAAAAUGAACUAUAAUGUGCUUAUAUGUUUAUACAGUUUAAAUUGCUUCCUCAUGUUUUGUUUGUUGCAUUAAAUAGUAUGUUUCCUGUUAUUUUUAAAUGUAUUUGCAUAUAUAGUAUGUCAUAUGUUGUUGUUAUGCUUAAACAUUUAGUGAAAAUUAAUAUGUAAAAUAUAUUACAUAUAAAAAAAAUUAAGUAGAUAGUAAUUGUAUAUUGAGCGAAUUGAUAAUACAUUAAAAGUAUAAUUAUAUUCAAGAGUGCGAGUUUUUAAUAUUCUUGUUUUUCAAGCAAGAGUAAUAGUGAAUUUACACUAAGUAUUCAUCUAAUUAGUUUGUUCCUUUAAUUAGUUCAUCGUUACAUUAAUCAUUUAACUGUUAAAUUACUAUCAUUAUUGAUUAAAUCAUACAAAUAAGAAAAUAGAAAAAGAGAGAGGAAGAUAUAAAAAUGAAUUUAACGAUAGUAUUUUUCUUGUAAUUGAUAACUGUAUACAAUUUUUUUCGACAGACUCUGACGUUGCAUUCUUCUCGUUUUCUCCCAUAGAAGAGUUUCGAAUAAAUGGACCGUUCUUUUAUGCAAUUACAUCACGGAAUGACAACGUAGUUCUCUUCGAAGGCCAAAUCACUGACUUUGAGAUAACCGCAUGAUUUUCUUGACUGUGUUAUAUAUAUAUUUUUUUUUUAACUUAAUGAAUUAUUUUUUUCUAUUUUUUUAAAAAAUCAUGCUAUUCAUUUCUUCGCUCUUUUUCCUUACCUCGUACUUCAGUGUAAUAUAACAAAAUCUUCUAUAUGAAUUAUGAAUCUAAUGAUUUUUCAACAAUAUCAAUUUUGAUAUAGUAACGUAACAUAUUGUAGCGAUCUAAUUCUUUUUCGAUUUACUCUGUGCCCGUGGAUUGAACGAAUAAUACACUAUUAAUUGCUUGUGGCAGGUCUCGGUGUAAGGCCUCUCUCGAGCUUUUGGUCACCGCCGAAGCCCAUUGAGUUCCACGUCAAUCGACCAUUUCUAUUGAUCGUUACAUACAACAAUGUAAUUUUGUUCUUGGCGAAAACUGUAUCGUAAUUUCUUUCACUUUGAAAAUCAAACAAACGCAAUCAAUAAUCAAUUUCAUCAUAUAUAUUAAAUCUCUUAAAUGAUUUUCCUAGUUUUUUACAGUAUUAA